AUGGCAGCGGGCAUGGGAAAGAUGCUUAUUAUGCUGACUUCUUGUCCCCCGCUGGCGCUGCAGCUGCCGGUGAUUUUCCUCAUGCGCGAGAUCAACUUUGAGGACCCCACCAAUCUCUUCUUCGUGCGGGUGGCGUUUGGCAGCGUUGCCGCGCUCUCGGCGAUGACCCUGUACUACAUGUACACUCGUAUUCAGAGCAAGGCCGAUGGCCAGCGCAAGAUCAUGGUGCCCCCUCCCGCCACGCCCUCCUGGGGCGCUGCCGCCGAGCUGCUGGCCAACAACGCCGAGCCGGAGACUCCACAGGAGGAGAGGAGGAAAAAGAAGAAGCAGCAGCAGCUGGAGGCCGCCGCCGCCGCCGCCGCGCAGGCGGGCGCGGAAGGAGCUGGUGCGUCGUCGGACAAGAAGUCGAGUGGCGCCACCAAAAAGCGCAGGCCCCAGCCCGCCAAGGCCGACUGA